AUGCGUCCUUCAGCAGUCUUCACCACUCUCUUUUUCGCCGCUUCGGUGCUGGCUCUCCCUCUCAACACCACACCGGUUAAUGCUGCGCUUGAACCGGUCAAGCGUGAUGCCGCUCCUUUGGCCAACUCGGUCAUUGAGAAGCGAGAACCCAUUGAUUUGACCUCUGUCACCGAUGCAGCUGACGAUGCCGUCGACAUACUGACCGGCCUCCUGCCAGUCAUUCUCAGCACCGUCAGUGACCUCGACGCCACCAUCAACAGCCUCCUCAGUGGUGCCGAAUCCGAUGUCGAUGGAACUCUCGACUCUGUCAAGUCCACACUCGAAAGCACCAUUGACGAAUUGAAUGCUGUCCUCGCCGGUCUCGACGUUUCAGGGGCGUUGGACUCUCUCUCCGAGUUGACCAGCACCAUCGCAGCGGUGCAGACUCUCGUGGCGGACGUUGAGGCUCUGGCAGGCACUGUUGACGUUAGCUCAACCCUGAGUGACGUCGAGGGACUUGUUUCAGAACUGUUGAACAUUCUCAGCGGCUUGCUUACCAGCCUGAAGCACUAA